GAGAAUAGAUUGGCAAAGAAGUUAGGUAGGCAACCAACUCAACUUGAACUGUUUCGUGCCACUCACACAAAAAAGGGGAGUCAAGGUGUUUUCAUUGAUGUAAAAUCACAACGAGUUGAUGGAGCUUAUUUGACUGCCAUUGCUGAAAAUGUGAAUGACAAUUGUGAUAGUCAAUCUGCUUUUGAUUUGAAUAAGUGGAUGGAAAUUUCUGGAAGUAGUAAAGGAAGGGUUUAUGGUUUUGGAUAUUCUGAUAUUGCAAAAUCUGGAACUCCAACUACCUCUUUCUCAUGCACAUCAGCUCAUCCUGGAGGACCUUCUCAAACUAUGUUUUCUUUAGAGGAGGUUGAACAAAUAUUAGAGCAAAACCGGGUCAAAAUGAAACAAGACAUGGAGCAAAUGCAAGAGCAAAUGCGAGUGCAGAUAGAAAAGCAAAUAAAAGAUCAGAUGAAAUCAUUGAAGAACAAAAAAAGAUCUUCACCGCAUAAUCCAAUUGCAAAUUGUACUUCUCUAUCAGAUGGUUCAACAAAUUCAUAGAUUAGUUUUUAGUUUUAUGAACAUUGUUAAGUAUAAUUGAUUUAUUUUAAAUUUUAUGACGAUUGUUAAGUAUUAUGAAUUUAUUUUAAAUUUUAUGAACAUUGUUAAA